AUGCCACAAGUCCCGCGAAGUGCCGAGAAUUACAUCAUCCCGAAAGCCACUGGCGGUCGACCUCUGGCUGUCGCUGCCGAGAUUCGAUGUUUUUUAAUUGAGGGAAAUGACUAUCUAAAGCCAGCUCGUCUUCAGAAAUCAGAAAUGGCGACCUCACUCGAAGCAAUUAAGGGAAGGCCUGUUGCGGUGCUUGGUGGUGGGGUUCUGGGGAGACGGAUCGCUUGCACUUGGGCAGCAGGUGGCUGGAAUGUGAAUAUCCGCGACCCCAGCCCUGAGCAGCGCAACGCUUCACUCCACUACAUCGAAAACAACAUUGCAUCCUACGCCAGCGAGAUUGGAACCAAGCCAGGCAAUGCAUCCGCCUUUGAGAGUCUCGAGGAUGCAGUCAAAGACGCCUGGACCGUCAUCGAAGCCGUUCCCGAGAAGUUGUCCUUGAAAAUCGACACCUUCGCUGAUCUCGAGAAACUGGCACCGAAAGAUGCAAGUCUCGUAAGUAACUCAUCAAGUUACAAAUCUAGCGAGAUGUUAGAGAAGGUUGGAAAAGAGGCGAGAAAGAGAAUUAUGAAUACGCAUUAUAUGAUGCCGCCUGACAACCGGAUUGUUGAGCUCAUGACGGAUGGGGAGACGGACGCUGCAAUAUUUCCGUUUUAUGUGGAUAGGCUUAAGGAGGUGGGGAUGCACCCUAUUGUUGCUCAAAAAGAGAGCACUGGGAUUGUGUUCAACCGGGUGUGGGCCGCUAUCAAGAGAGAAUGCUUGACGAUUCUGGCGGAGGGUGUGAGUACCCCAGAUCAAUUGGAUAGUGUGUGGAUGGAGAUGUUUGGGUCGAAGGCAGGUCCUUGUACGAUGAUGGAUGCGGUGGGACUUGACACGGUGGAGUUCAUUGAGGAGCAUUAUAUCAAGGAGAGAGGUCUUUCUGGCGAGAAAACUACAGAGUUUCUGAAGAGGGAGUAUAUAAAUCAAGGAAAGCUUGGUGCGAAGAGUGGAAAAGGGGGUUUGUACCCUCCAGGAGCGACAACAAAAGCUGCUGGAGAAGAUAAGUCUCAUCAUGAUGAUCUGCAUGCUCCGUCGCUUUACAUGCUCGACAUCGGUCUCAACUCUCUUGAAGACACUAUCCAUAGCGGUAGAGUCGUAGUUGGGUCCUCCGACGGGCGCGAACUCCGCACCCUAGUAUCAGGGCAGACUCUCCCGGAUGGCCUCGACAUAUCUCUCAAAACCGGUCGUAUUGACUGGACCAACAUGGGCGUCCCCACUUCUAACGAUGGUAUCGUGCAAUCUUGCAAGCUUGAUGGCAGCGAUGUGCAAACCGUAAUCCCAGCAGGCGCAGUGCACACACCCAAGCAACUUAUCAUUGAUCAAGAGAAUGACAAGUUAUAUUUUUGUGAUCGCGAGGGCUUGCGAGUUAUGCGGUCUAACUUGGAUGGAUCAGAGCACGAGAUCCUGAUCAAGAAUGGAGAUUGGGAAAAUGAAGAGGAUGCGGCGAAUCAGCUGAACUGGCCGGUAGGGAUUAGUGUAAAUCGAAAGGAGGGGAAAUUCUACUGGACGCAGAAAGGUCUGUCGAAAGGAGGAAAAGGUCGGAUAUUCCGGGCCAACAUCGAAACACCACAGGGCGAAGACCCAUCCAACCGCUCUGACAUCGAAGUUUUGUUCACCGGACUCCCAGAACCAAUUGAUCUCGAGAUUGACGAGGACACACAAACUCUGUUCUGGACUGAUAGAGGCGAUCCACCUAUGGGCAACAGUCUUAACUGCGUCCAGCUGGAUGGGUUGAAGGGUCUCAACGAGAAUGAGGAGAACCCAAAAUAUCGUAUUUUGGCGAAACAACUACAUGAGGCGAUCGGUGUUAAGCUGGAUCGAGUAAACAAGCAUAUCUAUAUGACGGAUUUGGGAGGAACGGUAUAUCGGGUGGGCGUCGAUGGAAAGAAUAAGAAAAAGGUUUAUGAUGAGGAGUUCGCAUUUUCGGGGAUUGGGUUGACUCAUGUUUGA